GGAUAGACAACACGUUUCAUAUUUCUCCGUAUAUAAAGUGUAUUUUUUACAUAACUUCUUAUUAUUUACCGAAACACAAGCUAAAACAUAAUGGCAGACACAAGUCUUGACGACUUUUUUGCGAAGAAAGAUAAAAGUAAAAAGAAAAACAAGUCUAAAACAACGCCGAGUGAUAUACUGUCGAAGCAUGACAAUUUCGUGAGCGGAGAUGAUACGACGAAAGUAAAGAAGAAAAAGAAAGAGAAAGACAAACAGAAUGCUGCCACGUCAAAUACAGACUCAACAAAUACCGGAAAUGCCACUCAAGUUAAGGAAGAUGAAGAAUGGGUGGAUUUUGUGGAUGAAUCUGAGAAAGAUUACACUGGAUUAAGGAUACAAAAUUUACAGAUUUCACAGAAAGAAGGAGCAGAAGAGGUUGAAGAAGAAGAUAAAGACAAUGAGAAUGAUGAAGAUGGAGAAAGUGGUGAGAGACGCGACACAUCUGGACCUUGGAAUGUAUCACAAUCAAGCAGAGCUCGAGUUGAAGUGGUACAGGAAGCACCACCAGCACCGGCUGAGGAACCGCCUAAAGAAGAAGCUCCUAAAGCCCCUACCAAGUAUGUGCCUCCUGGGGCCCGCGGGUCUCAAGCUUCAGGGGAAUCCUUAGGGUCAAGGGCGGCCGUGCCGAGAAGAAAGAAGGGUGCACCAAACAUUAAAAGUGAGGAUGACUUCCCCACACUCGGGGGUGGUGCACCGGAAGUGGCAUCAUGGGGCCCGACAGGGGUGGGCAAUUUUGAGCGUGUCCAAGGUGGUGGAAAACAAGUGGAGGAUCCAUCUAAAGUUAACAUGCAGUUGUCACUAGGAAACAAAUAUGCUGCUUUACAAGACUGAUGCUCUAUAAAAUAUAGAUAAAAGGUGGCCGCUAUGUUGUGCUGCAUUGUUGCAAAGCUGGUUGUCAUGGUGAUGUGACCAUUUCAUUACUUGUCAUGGCAACGGUAUUUUCAUGACAGGAUUAGGCUCUUUUUACCUGAACCUUAUGAUACCAUGGUGAUAUAUGUGGUUCAUUGUCAUUUGAUGGUUCUGAAUCAUUUACAUAUCGAUGCCUCUGGUUCAUUGUCAAGCCAUGGUGAUUCCUCUGGUCCAUGACUCUGUUGAUGAUGGUGGUACAUUUCUAUGACAACACAGUUUAUUCCUUGUCAUGAUGACAUCAUGACAUGGUGAUAUGUGCAGCUUCAUUGGUUUGAUGAUGUAGCUGGUCCAUUGCCAUGGUGGUGCAGCUGGUUCAUUGCCAUUGUGAUGCAACUAAUUCAUUGCAAUAAUGAUGUAGCUGGUUCAUUGUCAUGGAGACACAGCUGGUCCAUUAUGAUAAUGAAGCUGGUUCAAUGCCAUGAUUAUGAAAUUGGUCCAUUUCCAUGGUGAUGAAGCUGGUCCAUUGCCAUGGUGAUGACACCUGGUUCAUCAUAAGUGAUUCCUAUGUUAUGACAGUACUACACCAUUGAAUGAUCACACUUUGAUAAAUCUGGGUACUAUGUACAACAUUGUGUGUGUAAUGAUAGACUGAGAAGAUGUGUCUGAUGAAGAUAAACUAUAUUAGUGCUAUAUAUAACUGGUCUGUCUAUGCUAGGAUUUUACAUUGACUCAGAUCUUGAUUGUUGAUUGAUUUAUAAUAAUAAGUAUAUUUUGCAUGUACAUAGAGCUCUAGAAUCAUAUCUUGAGGAAGUCAUGCAUCUUGCUUGCAAAAACCACUAUUCUGGCACACAGAUGUUAUCAAAAAGAGAUUCUUUAUCAUGGAUUUUGACAUCUACCAAUUUUUUAUUUUUUUGUUCUGACCAAUUAUUGAAAGCUUGUUUAAAUUUUUGUCAUUGGUACAGUUGAUAACUGUACAGAUGAUGGAUGAUUUAAAAAUCAGUUUGAGCUAAGUUAAGGAAGUAUGUUUAUGAUUCACCUACGUGAGCUCUUGUUCUUUAGCUUAAGGUUACAUGUCUUUGCAAGAUUUAACCUUUUUGGUUGCAGAUCAUGGUAGCUAUUUGGACAAACAUGAACCCUUGUCUACACACCAAAAACUAACUUUACAGGAAGUAGAUUUCCUUACACACAUGUUUAUGUUGUGAAGCCAUACCAAGUUGGAUUUGUUGAAACAGGAGUACUUUGUUACAUCAACAUUCAUUUUUAGGGGUACAGAAAUUGAUUUUUUAUGAAAAGGUUUGGUUGAAAUUAGUGAUAUUACAGUAUUUAAAGCAUAUUUUUUCAAGUUUAUAAAUAUGGUUUCCAUAAGUCAGAAAUCAGGAGAAUUUGCUUGUUUACACAAUUUUGAUUUCUCUAUAACAAUUGCAUUUGUUACGUAAUGUAUAUAGAUAUCUUUUCAUGUGAGGGAGUAUUUUUAUAACAAUUUUGCUCUACCUGUAUAUCUCAGACAUGUCCCUAGGAUUUCAGGAAAUUGACAAAUCAACUGUUUACUGCUACCUGUUCAUUAGUAGAUGUUAUAUACUUAGUAAAAUGUUAAGAUUACUUGUAAUUCUAUAUUGUUAUGUGUUAUACAUGUUACCUGAAAUAAUUUGAAAAUUUUGAAAGUCAGAAUUCUAGAAUUGUAGUAUUGACGAUGGCUAUCUAUUUUAGUUUCACAGUUGACAAUUGAAUUCACAUAUAUGAUCAGUUUCUUGCAUUUAACUAUAGAACUAUUUCUUGCAUUGAAAAUGUUUUAAUUUUAAAAAUUAAUGUUAAUUAGAAUCUUAAGUGUUGUUAUACUGAUUUCAUUUUUUUUUUUUACCUGUUUACGAAGAAUAAAAGUAUUUCAAGGCUUCUGGAUGUAACUUACCUGGAAGUGAAGAGUACAGAAUUACACUUGAUUUCUGGAUAUUUAUAUCUAAAAAUUAAUUGUCUGUGCAAUUUUGAUGUCAAUGAAUUGGUCUCAUCUCCUCAAUGGAUUAAUUUCUUAUCAAUUUCCAUUACUGAAACAUUACUAUAUUAUAUUUAAUGUAGUCUGCUUUUAACAUUCAAAUUAGAGAUUCUGAAGGUAAAUGAACAAGUUUUUUUAAAAUCAAGAUUACUUUGUUUCGUUGUGGACAAAACUUAGCCCCACCUGAAAUUUUCUACACAGGUCAACCAUUCAUUCUCUUAUUGUUUUCCUUUCUUUAAGAAGGUGUGGAAGACAGGGAAUGUUUAAGACUGGGAAUAAAACCUCACCAGUAUAUUAAAUAAGACUGGCAACAAUAUUUUGACUAAUUGACUGUCAAACUCUUGAAGGCAGUACAUACAAGGUAUAUGGUCAUCAAUGCCUGUUAUUAUCCUUUUGAACUUUACAAACAUAUUCAGUCUGGCAUCUCUUUCCCAGACCACGUUACCUAGACUUUGCCUUGAUAGACAUGUUGAUGCCUCACAUGAGGCAAUUUUAGAAAAAAAUGACGUGUAAGGUAGAGUUUUGUUGUGUUCUGUUUUUUCCUUACCUAUCCUGUUUGACAAAUUCUUUGAUUGAAAAAAUACAUAUUUGAAGGUAGAUUUUUGUCACUGAUACUAGUAAUCGAGCAAAGACAGAAAAUAUUUCAAAUCUAAAAUGUUAGUCAAAAUCUUCUUUUCAAUAGAAAUAUUUUUGAUACUUUGAAUCACAGGUCAUUUUCUUUCAGCAGGAAGUAUUUGCUUUAAUGCAGAUUUCUACAUGAAAAUCUAACUGUAAAUGCAGUGAAUUUGAUCCCACACCAAACCCUUCCACCUCCUUCAAGUUUAGAAAAAGAAAUUGUGCAUGGAAUUUUAAAGAUUAAAAAUUUCUGUUGUAUUUGAAACACUUUAUAGAAAUGAUGCAAACACCUUAUCCUGAAACUGCUACCCACCAGCACUUAAACACUAGAUCAGGGAUUGUAUACAGUCUUGAUGGUCAACACAUGUUUACUGUAAUAUGAAUUGUAUAUAACAAAAUGUUACUCUGAGUCUUCAGGUACGUUAAAAUGUUUACCUGACCUCAUCACUUAGUAUACUUCUGUCCUAAUCUAUUUGUGGAUAUAUUCAUUAAAAAUACAUUUAUAUAUGUAGAUCAUGCUGCUGUUUUGGUUUAGAGAGGAUUACAUUGGCAUUUGGGGUCACAUGUGGCCUACACUGUUCCUUUUCAUCCUUCAGAAAAUUGAUAAUAAUACAGUAACAAAUGGAUAGCUGACGCUGGACUUAAUUUUUUCUACAGUAUCCAGAAAAUGAUCAAGAAACGUUUUAUUCAGAGUUUGAAGCAUAUGUAUGUAAAGAAAAAAAUUCUCUAACAUUAUUUUAUGUGCAUUCUUCUGUUUAAAUACAUCAGGAUAUUGUGUACAAUGCAUAAUACAUGUACCUAUAAGAGCCAAAUUUUGAUGAAAUUUCAAAAUACUGUCAUCCUUGUCAGUCUUACUAUAUUCAAGAAAAUGCUUACCUCAUUUUUGUAUUAGAUAAAAAUACAAAUAUAUUUAAAGUGAUGUGCUAUCUUGAUGAAAUUUAAGCAUCUUUUACAAAAGAGUUUCACACAUGUAUGUAUGAUAUUGUGCUUAUUUUGACUAAUGUGGUUCAAUCAUUAAUGACAGUUUGAUAAAGCAUGUGUCAAUUAUUUUCUUAUUUUAUUCUAUUAAAAUGAAAAUCAUGGCAACAGAAUGUGAACAAAAAAAUACAAAAAUGAUAAUUUUUUCAUGUUAAGUAACAUACAUGUUGUACUUAAUACAUGAGUGAAAAGAAGUAUUUAAUUGAUGGAAAGAGUUGGGACACUGGAUAUUUUUUACUUUCCAAAAAUGCUAGAAGCUGAUAAUGAUACUAAUAUUAUUUCUGCAUUUAUUAUGUGAAAAUGAAAACUAUUGAUGUAAAUUAUGUCCCCUGAUUGUCUGCUUCAAACUAUAUCUUGGCCUACACAUUAAAGAAGCUUGCAGGUAAUCAUUGUUUAAGUUUAUUAUUUAAACAUAAUUUUUGCAUCAGAUUUGAAUUAUUUUGAUGAAAUAUCCACAUUACGUGCUGAUGAAUGAUUAAAGAUGAUGAAAAGAC